UAUAUAUCAGAAUGUUUGUUUAAGACUCUUGUAAACUUAAAGAACUCAAGUUACAUGUUAUUGUUACAUGUAAAAUUCGAGAACAAAUUUUCCCGGUCAUCUCGAAGGGAAUUCUUGGAACUCAGCCAUUAGAGUUUUGACUCAUUUGUUAUGCCUUGCAUUUACAGCUUGACCCCUUCUUGCUUCCAGUUGUCCAAGGCAGCAUCCUUGUAAUUCAGUUAAAUACAUGAUUUUUUUCAAGUAGUAUAGCUACUUCAACUACUGCAUAAUGAGAGUUAUUAUUGUUCCAUUUUGAUGUAUGCCUUUACUUAUAAGAUUUUCUCAAUUUCCAAUUUGCAACUGGGAAAGACAUUAUUGAUGUUACGCUGAUUGCAAGGAGGUGCAACAGGAGACUUGCAAUUGGCUCGUUAAUGUAGCCACUCGAAUGGGAGAAGAGGGGCUGAUUCUGAUGGAUUUGUUGCAAUUUUGUGGAAAGCGAGCAAAUUAUCCAGUUGAAAGGGUAUAAAGUAUCAUUGUUCAGGUACACUUGUUUCAAGUUUGAUUAUGACUUUUUUCUACACCAACAAUCUUGUUGCUCAUGAAAUGCCCUUUUAUACAUAUGUAGAUAACUGAGGGGAUACUUAAAAUUCUGUCACAUUAGAGUUUAUUGUUGAAUAGAUAUUGUUGUGAUAAAAUGUUUAAACUAAUAACUCUUGUAACUUGUAUUACUUUCUCUGUGUGCAAGUGGUGUGUGUGUUCCCUCUCUUUUAAUGAUAGAAGAGGGGUUGAUAAAAAAAAGAAGAAGUAGAAGGAUUCGAUAGUACUAGGGUGGAGAACAUGAUGUUAUCAGAACAAAGACAGGUUUUGGUGUUUGGACCAUUCUAUAUAGAAACUUCUAAUGUAUUGCAUUUUUUGUUUGACUUAUCCGAGUUUUAUCGUGAGCUUACUGAUAAAAGAACUCUGUUCAAUUCUCAGUACAGGACCUCUCAGAUGCAAUGUACAUUUUGGUACAGCAGAGGGCAAUAAAACUGAAUUUUCUGCCUGAUAAUAGCACAUAUUUCAUUUGCUAGAACUUUCAUUAGUUACUUCCUUCAGGUAUAUAACUCCCUCUGUCAAAAAGGAAAAGAUUGAAUCCACGAAGGGAGUAGCACUUGGACUAUGAAGCAGUAGAAAAUAUCUCGCACUAACAUAUUCCUGGACAAUGAUCAUGUUUGGUUGUUAUGAUUACUUUCGGCAGGUUUCAUGUUCUAGAAGAGUUUGAUGAGGGGAAGCGGAGCUGUCGUAGGCGUUUAGCUGGUCAUAACAAACGAAGAAGGAAAACACAUCCAGAAAAUGUAGCUAAUGGAGCCUCCGUGAAUGAUGAGGGGGGUAGCAACUACUUAUUAAUUAGUCUGCUGAGGAUACUGGCCAAUGUACAGUGAGAGUUGUUUGCAUAAGUUAUAUUAAGUUUGAAUGGCUGAAACAACAGCACAGGUUCUUACUACCUAAUUUAGCUGUUCUGUGUUAUCUAAAGGCUACACAUGACAUUGGGCAUUCAGUCAUGGACUAUGUUGCUCGGACUCUUCAAAAAUAUUGACGGGUGCGUGUCAGAUACACCAAAGUGGUGCAUAUUUGGAGUACCCAACACAGGUGCAGCAACAUUUUUGGAGAGUCCUAGCAACAUAGGUCAGGGAUUAACAGCUGAGUAAUUGAUGGCCAUUAAAAUAAUCUUGGUGGGAAUUAUCUAUUGAUGCUUCUCUACUGGAACUUUAGCCAUCAAUACUUUUGGACUAGAACAACUGUUUAGGCAUGUUUUAUUCUCCAACAAGCUUUUGGGCUCCACAAGAAUCAUGAUCAUGUACAGGCACAUAGAUACUUAUUUAGAGAUUUUGGUUUAAUGAAUUGGAUGAGUUAGAUCAAACUAAAGACCAGAAAUUUUGUUUGAUUCUCCAGCAGAAAAGUAUGAGGAAAAAAAGAAAAAUAGAAUUGCUUGCUAAGAGUCCUGAUGGCACCACUGACGGUGUAUUAUGACCAUUGAUUUCAUUCUCUUCAACGGUAAAGAAACCUUUUGGUAUAGCGUUAGAAUGCAAUAAAUUUCAAUUUCACAAUGAAAAUAUUACAAGAAAAAUAUUCAAUUACGGACGAUGUAAGCAUCAUAAGGACUUUCAAAUUUACCUAACAAAUAGGAAUCACAAAUUACAAAUUGUUAGCUCAAACAUUCUACAAUCCUGAUAAUACAUACACAAAUGCAUUAUUAUUGUUGGACCCGUGCUUGCACGGGCCACCUCUUCCUAGUCUAUAUAUAAGAAAAAAAUUUCAGAUACUUGGGAGCCUCAUGGAAUUAGGUUAGACAUACUUUUUGAAACACGUUUUUAUUUGACUAACUAAAUUAGAUACACGCUUUUUAUUUAAAACACAUUUUUAUUUGACUAACUAAUUUGACUACCUGUCAUAUCACAUAGCAAGUGAUUUCAAAUUCUUGUAGAAGCAUGAAACUCUUAAUAAAAUGCCAAGAGAAGUGUUAAAAAUAUCCCUAAAUUUUGACGAGAAUUUAGGAUUGUAUUUCAUUCAUGUUACAAGAUCAUUGAUUUAUUUAUGUUCGAUUAGUGGUGUGAAUGGAGUGUUUUUUAGGCCUGUCAAUAGUUCGCGGAUGAAGCUAAUAAUUCCCCGAUUGCUUGAGAAGACUUGUCAACAAAUGACUGAUGAUGAAUGGUUGCGUAUAAAGUCCCAACAAAGUGACAAAAUUUUCACCCAUCUAGCUGCAUUAUUUUGACCUUUUACUAUUCCUUCACUUGAAAGAAAAUAAUUAUUAGAGUUUUAGUUUGAAGCGGCAUUUGCCUUGUCAUUAAGAAAAAAACAUGGAAAUUUGGUGUUAGUUGUGGCGUAAGUUUUCAUCAACAUAGCAUUCAUUAACUAACAAUCAUUAAGAUGUCACACAUGACCUAACAAGUCCCACAAGCCAGCUUUUACUUGCUCUAAUUAGUAACCCUUUCAGUAUAUACUGUUAAGAUCAAAUAUUCAACAAAUAUCCAUGAUGAUGCUUAAGAUGUUAAGUUCCUGGAAUUGGAGAACUCGUGUUCGGCUCUCAGUUUUCGUUGCAGCUACUUUGCUACUUUUAGUGGUAGGAUUCCUCUGUAGCAGAUUUGAUGAUGAUCAGUACAGGACGUUGAUGAAUAAUAUUCCAGAUGAUCACUCAAACAUAGACACAUCAACGACUAUAAAGAUGAACCAUCCGUCUAAAGGAAGGUCUAGUGAUCCACCAAUCCUGGCUUAUUGGAUUUUCGGUUUUAGAGGGGAAAGUAAAAGAAUGUUGAGGCUGUUAAAAGCGGUGUAUCACCCAAGAAACCAGUACCUUCUGCACCUUCUCGAUGGAGAUGGAUAUGAGGAGAGGAUGGAAUUAGCUGUUUCAGUUGAAUCUGAACAUGUGUUUCGAGCAUUUGGGAAUGUGAAUGUUGUUGGUAAAAGUUAUGCUGUGGAGGAAUCAGGCGCCUCUGCUCUUUCUGCUAUGCUUCAUGCCUCCGCCUUGCUCCUUCGAAUUAGUCCCCUGUGGGACUGGUUUUUCACCUUAAGCUCUUCCGACUACCCUCUUUUUACUCAAGACGAUAUCUUAUUUGCUCUCACUUCCUUGCCAAGGGAUCUCAAUUUCGUAGGCUUCACCAAUAGAACUAUUGAUCAAAACAGGCAACACAACGUCAAUCGGAUUGUUGUUGACCCCAGCCUACAUCUGAAACAUGCUACUCCCCUUUACUAUGCUGUAGAGACUAGAGAAAUGCCAACAACUUUUGAUAUAUUCCAAGGUUCUCCAUGGAUGGUAUUGAGCAGAGGAUUUGUGGAGCAUUGCAUCAAAGGUUGGGACAAUUUUCCUAGGAAGUUACUUAUGUACUACGCCAACGUAGUGUCCCCUCUAGAAUCCUACUUCCACACUGUACUAUGCAAUUCCCCAGAAUUUAGAAACAGAAUACUAAACCAGGAUCUCAGGUGUUGCGCGCCAAUAAAUGUUUCAAACUACUAUGACAAUCUUGUGAACAAAUGGGCAAUAUUUGCUAGGCCAUUCAAAGAAGGCGAUCCUACUUUAGACGAGCUAGACAGGGAUAUCCUAGAUCGCCAGCCCCAUGGGCUGGUGCGCGGGAAAUGGUGCUAUAAUAGAGGACAUAAUUCUUCUUCUUGUAGUUCUAAUUCCAGUACUAAUUGGGAUGACAUUGACUCAUUAGAUCCUGGAAUUUAUGGCCAAAAACUUCAGAAUAUUCUGUCCAAUUUUACUGUUGGAGACCAUCAUAUGGUAACCAAUAAUUCAUGUUAAUAUAUAUACUACUACAUAUUUGUUUUCAAAAUGAUGUGUAGUUGUGUACUCUACUACUCUUUUUGUUUUCUGAUCGAACAAUUUUCAGCAUC